UAGUUAGAAGUCCCGACGGCCGGUUGCCGCCUAGGGGGCCAGUGAAGGCGUCCUGGUUACUAAGGAGUGGGUGAGGACUAUAGUGGCAAACACCAUCGUGGAGCGGCUAGGAGUUCUCCCGGAGAUUCGCAGGCGUGCAUCCUGCCCAACAGUCCAGUCGCGUCCGAAGACUGCUCGGAAGCGGAAGCGACGACGGAGGCAGGUCAAGAAACAGGUCAAGAAACAAAAGAAAAAGGAAGUCAAGCGGCCAUUUUCAGAGUCAAAGAUCAAGGGAAGACACUGAAGCAUAGAAAAGUUAAGCAACACGUGCAAGGCCACACAAACCCACGCACUAUGGCUCCGCACUUCAUCUCCUGAGUGAUAGAUUCCACCAAGGCUGGGACUAAGAGGAAGGGAGAUGGCUGCUUCAAGCAUCUACAAGAUGGAUGAUGGGAAGCCUUACCUGAACAACUGCUUUCCCGCCAAAAGUCUGCUUCGGAUGCCAGAAGGGAGAGGGCAUUGGUUAGUGUCUCGGAAAGGUAACCUCAAGAAGAAGCUCCAGGGUAUUGCAGCACCUUCCAAAAGUCAAGAAAGCCAGAAGAAGGUUCAUUUUGAAGUUGGGAAGAAGAAACUAUCCCAGCAGAAAAGCCAAACAGACAUUCCCGGACACAUCCUGGACCGUGCUUUUCUGCUAAAGCACCACUGCGUGAGGAAGCCGUCAGACCUGUGCAGGAUCAACGUGAGUGGCCUGAAGUUCUCCAAGGCAAAGGAAAAGGACUUCAAGCAUUUUCAUUCUGUGAUUUAUAUCAAUGCCUCAGAAAAUCUACUGCCACUAGAGACAUUUCAUACAUUUCCAGCCUUAAAGGAGCUGGAGCUUGCAUUUAAUGGCAUCAAAACAGUCUACGUGAAAUAUGGAGACUUUAAAUUAUUGGAAUUCUUGGAUCUCUCCUUCAACACCCUGACUGCAGAGGCCAUCUCUGACCUGGGGAUUCUGCCACACCUCCGUGUCCUGCUCCUCACAGGCAAUGGACUCACAUCUCUGCCACCCAAUUUGGCUGUCACAGAACAGGAAGGAUCUGUCACAUCGCUGACAAGCAAGAGGUACAUCGUGAGGUUCCCAGCACUGGAGACACUGAUGUUGGAUGACAACAAACUCUCCAACCCCAACUGUUUUGCCAGCCUGGCCGGGCUCAGGAGACUGAAGAAGUUAAGCCUGGAUCAAAACAGGAUAUUCCGGAUCCCGUACCUACAGCAGGUUCAGCUCCGUAAUGGAUCGUCGGGGAACUGGGUUGGAGGCAGGGCAGCUCCUCGGAAACAGCCCCAGUCCGUGCUGCAACCCAGGCUGUGGGUGUAUGAGGCCUCAGAAGAUCAGCCCAACUACACUGUUCUGCCCAUGAAAAAGGACGUUGACCGGACAGAGGUUGUAUUCUCAUCUUACCCGGGAUUUUCAACCUCAGAGACAACCAAGGUAUGUUCACUUCCUCCCAUAUUUGAGAUUCUUCCUGUGAAGUCGCUAAAGGCCAAGAACCAGACACUGGCCCCUCCCUUCCCGGAGCUGAGGUACCUUAGCCUGGCCUACAACAAGAUUGUGAAAGAGGAUGCUCUCCUGCCAGUAGCUCUCUUUCCAUCCCUCUCUGAGCUGGUGUUUCAUAACAACCCUCUGGUGGCCAACACACGAGGGGUUCCUCCACUGCUAAAGAGCUUCCUUCAGGAGCGAUUGGGGAUCCACUUAAUUCGAAAGAAGGCAGUAAAGUCUAAGCAUCGUAUUUUGAUACCUCAGAAGGAAUCACGGAAGGUGAAAACACAAGUCCCCAAGGUGCCGAAGCGGCCUCUGUUGCUCCAUCACCCACCUGUGGCCACAAUCCGGUCUGCUCCCUUGGAUCUGUUAGAACCAGAGACAGAGCUGGCUGAAGAGCUGCCCCCUGCCAGAAGCACUUCUCUGGAGAUGCAUUCAAAUAUCGAGGGCCCUGAAGGCCUUAACCUGUCCCAGAGGAGCUUUGUGCCGCUGCCUCCUAUCAGCUCUGACUCCACCGUGCAUAGUGAAGAGAUCACAUCCCACCCCGACAACACAGCUGGCCACCUCAGCCCAGAGCACCGAUCAGAUGAGGACACCAAGAGCAUACAGUCUGUCUUCCUGACCCAGGUGAGUGAGCUGCCUUCCUCCAUCACCCCUGUGGGUGAUUUAGACGAGCAGGAGGACAGCCAAAGGAAACCACCGGUGAUGACACCUUCCAAGGUGAAGAAGACUCAGAGGAAGUUGCCAUCUUCCUCCUUCCCCAGAAAGUACCAUGGAUAUGAGGAGCUGCUGACAACCAAACCUGAUCCAACCUUUGUUGAGCCGAAAGGCAUCCAGAAGAAUGCACAAGCCCUGCAGCGGAUGCUCAAGCACCCACUCAUCUACCGCUCCUCCAAGCCCAAGCUGGACUCUGUUCAGAAAUACUAUGUCCCCAAGGAGAAACAGGCUCCGAGGAUCCCUGCUCCACCCCCACGGAAAACUCGAGCCCAGCUGCUGGAUGAUAUCCUCAUUCGCUUGCAGGACUCCCAGAACAUUACAGAGGCUCCACUAGGUGCUGUACUGCGCCGGCAGGCCCAGCCACGACUCAUGAACCAUAAGCAGUACCUGGAGGCCAAGCGGCUGCUCAAGGAGUUCCAGGCGCGCUACCGGCGGCUGGUGCGCGGCUCUCUGCGGACUGUGUUCGGGGCUGCCCCUGCGCCCCCAGCCCUUCCGGCACCUAGCGAGGACCAACCCAAGUUUGGCCGCUUCCUCGAGUUCAUGGACGAGUUCUGCCAGGAGCCCACAUCCAGUGACUCAAAAGCCUAGGGCUGCACGUGGGUAGUGUGCGCUGCCUGGCCAGCGUCCCUGUCCUCCCUGAGGCCUCUGCAUCCCUAAACUUGACUUUGGUCGGGUGAGGCCUGGCAUGGGCUUCCGAGCUUGCCUUGACCUCAUUUGCUGGUCACAGAGCAGGCAGCUUGUUAGGACCUCACCGCCAGACCAGCAGCAAUAAAGAGCAGGUACGUAGAGCCGCUGAGCAGGCGCCAGGCAUUCUUCCUUGAAAGCCGGGCCAGGAACACAGCGACCGUUAUACUGGGGAGACGUCUUUGCUGGUGCAUUGACCCAAAGGAUCCUGGGGACACUCACCUGAGUCAUGCAUACAACAGCUGUUAGGUCAGAAAAUGGGGUGAUGGGAACAGAGUGGCAGCACAGAAUCUAAGGUGCACAAGCUAUUCAUUUUGCCCACAAGCAGUACAAUGCAGGGGGCAAAGCCUCUGAAAUGUUCCUUUUCUGUUGAGCAGCUUUUUCCAUGGUAAUGAGGAAACAAAGAUUGUUUCCUUCUCAGACAGCCAUGGUCACAAAAGUGGGACAAGUAGGAAGAGUUUGUGUGGAGUUUCCCCAGGUCCUAUAAUACAGGACACAAGCUGAAGAAGCAAACACAAUGUGCUGUGGCUCCAAAACACACGUUGGGGCUGAGUGAAGUCACAGGGGCUUCCAGUAAGUAGUUCUGCCAAGCUAGACUGUGGCAUGGCCCCUUUCUUGAUGGGGCUUAGAGAAGACCUGGGGCUGGAUUCUAGGAUGCUGGAUUCCAGGGAUGAUGAUGGAUGUGACCUAGUCAUAUAGGCAACCCUUACUCCUCUCCUGAGGAUGCCUACAAUUCAGACUUUGGUAGCCAGCCUAUAAUUUCCAAGGUCUAGGAAACAGUGGAAUAAGAAUUAAGGAUCCUUAGCAAAGCAGAUUCCUGCAACAUAAACUGCAACUAAAUAUUUACAUGUUAUUGUAUUCAACUUCAGUCUUAAGUGGCCAAUUGUUUAUACUCAGCUGCGGAUGCUCAAGCACACACACACCUCAUCAUCAUCACAGUGUCCACACAGGUCACACCAAGUGACACAAGGUGUGUCUUGCUCAUUGGCACAGGUGCCUAACAGAUUCAGGUAAUAUAUAGUGACCCACAAUAGCAGUCAUAUGCAGAGGAAUGUUGCGGACCAGCCUGAGUUGUCUGAGGCCCUAAGCCACUCUUCCACACAGUCACGUUCACCAGGUCCAGUUCUGAGAGCUUUCAGCUAUAAAUGGUACCAAACCAUUGGCUCUGUGGGCUCCUGAGCAUGUUCAUCUCACUUUCAAGAAAGGUGGAACCCUAGAAGUUGAGAUGCUACUGUGUGUGCACAUCUAGUGACCGGGAGCUUGUUUCCUCCACAGGCUGUCCUUUCCCUUGUUGGGAAAGCUGUUAGACAGUUCAAGCCAUUGAGCGGUACUGCCUGUGUGCUUCAGUGUUCCCAGUUCUGCUUUUUCAGCCAGAAGUAUAGCUGCUCUCUGCCCACCCAAGCCAACCCUUCAACACAAGAGUAUUAAGGGGGGGACACAGGUCAAACACUACUUUCUUAGUUGAGGAUAAAUACACUGGUUGCUUCUCCUAGACCUUCUGAGAUUCUGUUACUCAUUCUGAAUUUCUUAUCUGAUUAGCUUUCCUAUCAUGGAGGCUAUAGAGUAGUAGAUUUUUGGCUCCUUUUUCUUCACACACAACCAAAUGUUAUCAGUAAAGAAUUCCCAGGAAGGAAGCCAGUAUUCAGUGACUGUUCCUUCUCUAGGAAGACCUGACGACAAAGCAGCUGUUUCUCAUUUUUCUCAUUCAUACUUUCAGCUGCACCUCAGGUAUCCUUGACUCUCUCCAAACUGAACUGUUUUUCUAGUCAUGUAUGCAUGAUACCAGUGAGCACCCCAGGAGUCACAUGUGGCAUAGAUGCAGAUUAUUCCUUAUAUCCCUGCUGCCUUGGGUGCCUUCCACCCCAAGUGGGUAGGUGCAGAAGGAAGAUAGUGUGGUCUCUAUCCUUGCCAGUCCUAGCCCAAGCAGCAGGCCAGGGAGUAGGGCUCUCUGUCCCAGAAAGCAGUUGGAACACACUGUCAACCAAAGCUGCUUUGUGGUGCCAUCACUCUAAGAUUGGCCUAGGCCAAGAUGGCAGAAAAAGCUAUUAGAUUCCCCAAGUGUAGGUGGAAGAGGAUGCAUGUAUUUCUGUUGGAUGAGAAACUGAUGCUGAGUAUUCUGAAUUCCUAAAGAAUGGUUCCAAAAAGCAUAUGUUAAAAAAUCAGAUUUCUAAAUACAGCCCUAAUUGCAAGGACAGUGUCGUCUUAUACAUUAGUUACUCAAACUCCUUCUUGGUGCCCUCAGUAUGAGUAGGAAUGGCUGAAUGUGAGAAUGACAGUGAACUGUAAAGUGGAGAUAACUUAAACAAUGUUGUAGUAGUGUACAUUCUGUACACUACUACAUCCAAUUUCCUGAUCUCUUCCACCAUUCUGAAGGCCAGAGCAGGACAUUCCAAAGUAUUCCCCAGUACAAGGACAGCAUCAAAAGUCAAAUACACAGUCUAAGUUUAUCCUGUGUUUAUCUGAGAUUGCUCUCAAGACAAGAAUUUGAUUAGAAACAUUUACUUUCAUGAAUUUACUUUACUGUAUUUUCAACUUGGGCCUUGCCUGAAGCAGGCAAAUACACAUUGAAGAAUGCACUUUGGUACUGUAAAUAAACAACACAUUGUCCCACUUGA